GACAGACAGACCGACGGCGGGCGGCUGAAGCAUCCCGCACCCUUCCUCUUGCUGAUCCACAACGGCCCUGACUCCUCCUCCUCCUGCCUGCCUCUCAACACAGUUUCUAUUGACGCAUCCAGCGCUGCUGCUGAAGCUGAGGCUGACUCUCCUUCCUGACGGAUUCCCCAUGUAUGGAUGCGGCGAGGACAGGUUGUAGGCUGAGAAAAGACGGAGAAAAAUACAAGCUUCUGAGGAGAUCCGAGGAGGAGGCACCGGAGCAUCCGGGCGCUGUUUUGAAUGGGCAGAGGACUCUCCCUCUGCGGUCGUCGAGUCUGAGUUGAGGUGUGUGUGUGUGAGUAGCCACAUAGAUCUUCAGCUCUCUGCUCCCUCACACAACCUCCUGCAACAUGGCGGCGGCAUCAGUAAAGGUGGCCGUGAGGGUCCGACCCUUCAACUCGAGAGAGAUUGGGAAGGACAGCAAGUGCAUCAUACAGAUGUCAGGAAACACCACAACGAUCCUGAACCCCAAACAGCCCAAAGAAAACAAGAGUUUCAACUUUGACUAUUCUUACUGGUCACACACCACGCCAGAGGACAUCAACUUUGCGUCCCAGCUGCAGGUGUACAAGGACAUCGGAGAGGAGAUGCUGCUUCAUGCCUUUGAAGGCUACAAUGUGUGCAUAUUUGCAUAUGGUCAGACAGGAGCUGGAAAAAGCUACACCAUGAUGGGACGACAGGAGCAGGACCAGGAAGGAAUCAUACCUCUGAUGUGUGAGGACCUUUUCACCAAGUUCAAUGACACCAAUAACGAUAACAGCUUGUCUUACUCCGUGGAGGUGAGUUACAUGGAGAUCUACUGUGAGCGUGUGCGUGACUUGCUGAACCCCAAGAACAAAGGAAACCUGCGUGUCAGAGAGCACCCUCUCAUGGGACCCUACGUGGAAGAUCUCUCGAAAUUAGCCGUCACCUCGUACAAUGACAUCCAGGAUCUGAUGGACUCCGGAAAUAAGGCCAGGACUGUGGCUGCUACCAACAUGAAUGAGACCAGCAGCCGCUCCCAUGCUGUCUUCAACAUCAUCUUCACGCAGAAGAAACACGACAUGGAUUCAGAGAACACGUCAGAAAAGGUCAGCAAAAUCAGCCUGGUGGACCUGGCUGGCAGUGAGAGAGCCGAUUCCACCGGAGCCAAAGGGACCAGGCUGAAGGAAGGAGCAAACAUCAACAAAUCUCUGACUACACUGGGAAAGGUUAUUUCUGCUCUGGCUGAAGUGGACUCUGUGCCAAACAAGAACAAGAAGAAGAAGAAGGUGGAGAAUUUCAUCCCCUACAGAGAUUCAGUUCUGACUUGGCUGCUUAGGGAGAACUUGGGAGGAAACUCUCGUACAGCCAUGGUUGCCGCCCUCAGCCCCGCUGAUAUCAACUAUGAUGAGACCCUCAGUACCCUCCGGUACGCCGAUCGCGCUAAACAGAUCCGCUGUAACGCUGUGAUCAACGAGGACCCCAACAACCGUCUGGUGCGUGAGCUCAAAGAGGAGGUGGCUCGCCUCAGAGACCUGCUCUUUUCUCAGGGUCUGGGAGACAUCAUAGAGACGUAUCGCUGCACCGACCCCGUCAUCGCUGGUUUGAAAUUGUCCAAUGUCAUGACAGGAAUGAGUCCCUCCCCCUCGCUCUCGGUCCUGUCCAGUCGCGCUGGCUCCAUCAACAACCUCCAAGACCGCAUCUUCAGCCCGGCCAGUGAAGAGGCCAUCGAGAGGCUCAAGGAAACUGAGAAAAUCAUUGCAGAGCUCAAUGAGACAUGGGAAGAGAAGCUGCGACGUACUGAGGCCAUCCGUAUGGAGAGGGAGGCCCUGCUGGCUGAGAUGGGUGUUGCCAUGAGAGAAGAUGGAGGCACUCUGGGCGUCUUCUCUCCAAAAAAGACACCCCACCUGGUGAACCUGAAUGAAGACCCUCUGAUGUCAGAGUGUCUGCUGUACUACAUCAAAGACGGCAUCACAAAGGUUGGCCGUGAAGAUGCCAAGACUCGCCAGGACAUUGUUCUCAGCGGCCAUUUUAUCCGAGACGAGCACUGCACCUUCAGCAGCACCACGGGCCCUCAAGGAGAAGGAUGCGUCAUCAUGGAGCCAUGUGAGGGCUCAGAGACGUACGUCAACGGGAAGAGAGUGAGCUCCCCCAUCGUCCUGCGGUCUGGCAACCGCAUCAUCAUGGGAAAGAGCCAUGUGUUUCGCUUCAACGACCCAGAGCAGGCUCGUCUGGAGCGAGAGAGGACGCCGUGCGCUGAGACGCCGGUGGAGCCGGUUGACUGGGCCUUCGCUCAGAGAGAGCUGCUGGAGAAACAAGGCAUCGACAUGAAGCAGGAGAUGGAGCAGAGGCUUCAGGAGCUCGAGGAUCAAUACCGCAAAGAGAGAGAAGAAGCCAGCAACCUGUUGGAGCAGCAGAGGCUGGACUAUGAGAGUAAACUAGAGGCUCUUCAGAAACAAGUGGACUCCCGCUACCUGGAGUCUCCUGAGGAAGAAGAGGAGCCUGAAGAAGAAGUGCCGUGGACACCCCGUGAGACAGAGUUGGCUCUGUGGGCUUUCAGGAAGUGGCGCUUCUACCAGUUCACCUCUCUCAGGGAUCUGCUGUGGGGUAACGCCAUCUUCCUCAAAGAGGCCAAUGCUAUCAGUGUGGAGCUGAAGAAAAAGGUGCAGUUCCAGUUCGUCCUGUUGACAGACACUCUCUACUCUCCUCUGCCUCCCGACCUGCUGCCUGCCAGCGUGGCCAAAGAGAGAGAGAAACGACCUUUCCCCCGAACUAUCGUUGCCGUUGAAGUCCAAGAUCAGAAGAAUGGAGCCACACAUUACUGGACUCUGGAGAAACUCAGGCAGAGGCUGGACCUGAUGAGGGAGAUGUACGACCGAGCUGCAGAGCUCCCCAGCAGCGCUGUGGAGGAUUGUGACCACGCUCUGACCGGAGGAGACCCCUUCUACGACCGCUUCCCCUGGUUCCGCCUGGUCGGCAGGGCUUUUGUGUACCUGAGCAACCUGCUGUACCCCGUGCCCCUGGUGCACCGCGUGGCCAUCGUCAGUGAGAAAGGAGAAGUGAAAGGCUUCCUCAGAGUGGCUGUGCAGGCAAUCUCAGCUGAUGAGGAGGCCCCUGAUUACGGCUCUGGUGUGAGGCAGUCAGGCACUGCUAAGAUCUCCUUUGAAGACAAACAGUUUGAGAAGUUCCAGACCGAGUCGUGUCCUGGUGUUCUCUCUCAAUCCAACACAUCGCAGGAGGAACUUCGCAUCGUGGAGGGAGAAGGACAGAGCGCAGACAUAGGAAUCUCAGCAGAUGAAGUCAACAACAACACUUGUCCAGAAAUCCUAGAGGCUCCCCUUAGCCCGGUGAAGAGUUCAGCUCUGGGACUGGAUCUCCCUCUGGACCUUUCCCCAGAGAAAGUUCUGUCCCACCUGAAGAUCGGCAGCACCUUCACAUUCAGAGUCACCGUCCUGCAGGCCUCCAGCAUUUCAGCCGAAUAUGCCGACAUCUUUUGCCAAUUCAACUUCAUCCACCGCCAUGAUGAAGCUUUCUCAACUGAGCCGCUGAAGAACACGGGCAGAGGACCUCCGCUGGGCUUCUACCAUGUUCAAAAUAUCACAGUGGAGGUGACUAAGUCCUUUGUGGAGUACAUCAAGACUCAACCCAUUGUCUUCGAGGUGUUUGGUCACUAUCAGAAACAGCCCUUCCCUCCGCUCUGCAAAGACCUUAUCAGUCCACUGAGACCCUCCAGGAGGCAGUUCCCCAGAGUGAUGCCCUUAUCCAAACCAGUGCCGGCCACAAAGCUCAGCACUCUGACUCGCUCCACUGCCGGACCUUGUCAUGCCAAAUACGACCUGAUGGUCUUCUUUGAGAUCUGUGAGCUGGAAGCUAACGGAGACUACAUCCCAGCGGUUGUUGACCACAGGAGUGGGAUGCCUUGCCACGGCACUUACCUCUUACAUCAGGGCAUCCAGAGGAGGAUCACAGUCUCCAUCGCUCAUGAGACUGGAAAUGAUAUUGAGUGGAAAGAGGUGAAGGAGCUGGUUAUUGGUCGUAUUCGAAACACACCAGAGGCAGAUGAAACCAUCAUAGACCCCAACAUCUUGUCCCUCAACAUCCUGUCUUCUGGAUAUUUCUGGCCAAAACACAGUGACAACGUCUCCUUGGGAGUUGAUCAUAGAACUUUCUACCGAUUUGAGGCGGCAUGGGACAGCUCCAUGCACAACUCUCUGCUCCUGAACAGAGUCACUCCCUAUGGGGAGAAGAUCUACAUCACCCUCUCUGCUUAUCUAGAGAUGGAGAACUGCACUCAGCCGACAGUGAUCACCAAAGAUUUCUGCAUGGUGUUUUAUUCCCGUGACGCAAAGCUGCCAGCCUCUCGCUCCAUCAGAAACCUCUUCAGCACUGGCUGCCUCAGGCCCUCUGAGAGUAACCGCGUCACUGGAGUGUAUGAAGUCACCCUCUGCCAUGUGGCCGACAAUGGAAGUCCAGGGAUGCAGCGUCGUCGCAGGCGUGUGUUGGACACCUCUGUUGCGUAUGUCAGAGGAGAGGAGAAUCUGGCUGGGUGGAGGCCUCGCAGCGACAGCCUCAUCCUGGAUCACCAGUGGGAGCUGGAGAAGCUCAGUUUACUGCAGGAGGUGGAGAAGACCAGGCACUACCUGUUGCUGAGGGAGAAGCUGGAGGCGACUCUGCUGGCCGGGCAGGAUGCGCUCUUCAAGAACAGCGACAUCUGUGAUUUUGCAAAAAGUCCCGUCUUCAGCCACAGCCCCGGCAGCAGCCCUGCCCUCGACAGCCCCAACCAGAGGCAGAGGGAGCUGGCUGCCAAGUGUCUGCGUCUGCUGAUGCACACCUUCAACAGGGAGUACAGCCAGGUGAGCAGCAGUGCCAGUGAGAGCAAGCUUUCUGAGAUGUCCGCGUCGCUGAUGAGAGACUCCUGCUCGUCUGGACUGAGCACGCUCACUCCGUCCUCCACCUGCCCCUCACUGGUCGAGGGGAAUUACGACAUUAGACACACUGAUCCCAGUUCAGGAGCUUCCACUCCAGAUCUGGACCCAUACAGCCCGGUAGACAGGAAGAAAACUCUCCGAGGAUGCACCUUUGUUCCUGACAUACAGGAGAUCCGUGUCAGCCCUAUUGUGUCAAAGAAAGGCUACCUGCACUUCCUGGAGCCCCACACCAGCGGCUGGGUGAAGCGCUUCGUGGUGGUGCGCCGGCCCUACGUCUACCUGUAUCGCAGCGAGAGGGACAGCGUGGAGAGAGCUGUCAUCAACCUGUCGUCUGCCAAGGUGGAAUACAGCGAAGACAAACAAACCUUGCUGCGGACUCCCAACACGUUUGCUGUGUGCACUGAGCAUCGUGGGAUUCUGCUGCAGGCCACCAACGACAAAGAGAUGCAUGACUGGCUGUAUGCUUUCAACCCUCUGUUAGCCGGCACCAUCAGGUCCAAGCUCUCCCGGAGAAAGUCGGUGCAGUCGGUCCCUGCUGCCCUGAGGAUGUGAGAGGUGAACCGACCCGGUGGAAAACAACAAAAAAACAAAACAAUACAAUCCAAAAGCUCAACUCAGCAUCCUGCUCUAAUGAACAUAGACCAUAUAAACAAACUUAUACAUAAAACCACUUAAAUACCCUUCUAUAUGAUGACCGUCCCUGUCCCAAACAUCACUUGUUUGCUCAUCCUGAAACUCAACAAAACUGUCCUUCAUGUCUUUUUUGCAGUCCUUCCUCAAAACCCUGCAUGAUGUGCUCCAACCUGACCUUUAGAAGAAACAUAAGACAAACUAAUCACCCAAACCCGUAAAUAAACUUACCUCUGCUGGGCAUUGGGACUAGUUUUGAUUAGCUUUUGGUGUAGAUAAUCCAGUAUCUGUGAAUCCCUGUAGAGAGUUAGUCAGUGGUCAGUCCCUCCUUCAGUCAUUAUAACGUAAGAAUAAGUCCCAAUUUUAAAUCCGCCAUUCAUGUAUUUAUAAUUAAUGGCAUCAGGCGAGCGGGAAGUUGCAAACCGGAUGUUUCUCUUUGUAGAAGUGUGUUAAGUGCAGGGAUGAUCGCUCUGCAUAUAUCCGUCGUAUACUGUACAUUACCUCAGUUUGGGUUUGCUUGGUGUUCUCCAGCAUAGAGUAUUUGUUUCACUGCAGAGGUUUCAGAUAGUCAUUGUAACACUGAAGUAGCAUGUGGGAUUUGCUAGGACAAAAGGGUACGUUGUUGUUCAUGUGUUGUUGUUUUUUUAACUGAUUCCACGAAAACCGAGUUCUUUGGCUGAAAUAACGCAGAAUAAUCCCAUAUCAAGAGAGAUAACUCAUGUCCUUGCCUUGUUCUUGUUAUGUGCUUCUUAUUUUUUAAAGUAAUAAUCCCUUGUGCACAUAGAACCGUAAAGCAUAAUGAUAUUUAUUGUUGCUAUUGUAAGUUUUCUGCACUGUUAUUUAUUUGUGACAGGACCACUUACCAGUUUUGUUGCAUGGCACUUUACUGUCUUUGUUGAGUUAAUGUAUCUUUUACUCAGUUGUUUAACCAAAGCAUUAUUUUCUUGUUUUAAUGUUUCAAAUCAUUGUCCACUGUGCUGCUGAGCAGAUAUUUAAAACAUAAAAGAAAUAGUUUGACAUAUUUGGAAAUGCACUUGCUUUCUUGCUAUGAGUUAUAUGAGCAGAAUGAUAAUGUAAUUAUGUAGUUACAGCCAACAGAACGUUAGCUUAGUUUAGCAUGAAGACUGGAACCAGAGGGACACAGUUAGCAUGUCCAGAAGUAACUAAAUGUGCCAGCUGCAACUCUAAAACUCACUAUUAGCACAUUAUAUCUCAUUUAAUAAGUAUGAUGUUUGUGCCCGAAUAUUUCUUGACAAAAUCAAAGGAAAACACAAGUGAGAUUUAAUGCAUAGCAGUGAGCUUUAAAGGUUCUGGUAGCCUAACUGUUUUGUCUAUAAAUGGAGGCAGUUUUUAUGUUCAACGCCAGGCUCUGCUAACUGUUUUCUAGGCAUGAACCCCAGUGCACCAUCCUCGCAGGUACGCAAAUCUCACACUCCAUGUAGCAAGAAAGCAAACAAGCUUAUUUCCCAAAUUGUUGAACAACUUUUUUUUUUAUUAUAUCUAAAUUAACCUAAGAUGAUAAAUGCACCAGGGCCACAACUGUUUAACUUUAAUCAAAUAAGCACUUAUUCUGUCUGUUAUGGGCCAGCAGAGCUAAUAAGUUUACGGCUCCUCUAGUAGCUAAAUGAAAGGUUGUAAUUGACGAUGGACCUGUGAUCUGCUGAAGGCGGUUGCUUUGGGUGGGCAGGAGUGUUGUCCAUGCACCAGAUAGUGCCUCCCUUUCUUCACCUCUUUCACUUCUCUCCCCCUCCUUCACAUCAAUGCUAAAGUUUAUAACGUGCCCAAGAUUGGGCUUUUACGUAAAGUAAAUAUAGAGGCUGUGAAUCCUUUUUUUUUUCCGUCAUUUUUUGAUCUAUGUAAUUGUUUUGGAGAGGAAAUAUUAUUGAUGAUGCUAUAUAGUAUGUUGGUAUAGCCUGUAAUAGUGCAGCGUGUAUCUCAUUAUCACUGACUGUAAAUUUUGCAUUUAAAAGCAAUCCCCCCCUCUUAGCUUUUUUACUGUAGCUGCUAGAUAUUUCACAGCUUGAUGCUUGUGUCAGAAACCAGUACAGUAUGAUUCGCUUGGUGUUGUUUUGUUUUUUAUGUUCAGGGAAUGAUUUGUAGUCGCUUUCACCGACUGUCUUGUUAUCUUGCAUUGUACCAAGAUGACCCUAAAUGUUAUUUUGAGAUCCAUAUUAUCACAGGAAAGAAAAAAGUAACUAAAUAUACCUAAGGUGUACAUUAUUUGAUAAUUCGAUAGCAUUAAAUGCAUUAUUAUCUACACCUGAUUUCACCUCCUUCUUUUGGAAAUCUGUCAAAGACAUGGUCGGCCAACCAUUUUGUCUUUCCCAUUGCCCUCUUUGAUAUUUGCUUUUGUUAAACCUGACAUAAUCAGAUAACAUAUAGUGUUUAGGACUCUGUAUGCCACAGGCCAACCAACCUGUUGAGCAAUGCAGCCUUACACUACAAAAAUCUAAUAAAUAGGAUAGCAUCAUUGAUUUUUGGGUCAUUUUGGGUAUAAUCAACUGUUUUGUAAAAUGUUUAAAGAUAUAGAUAUAUAUAGAUAUAUAUAUAUAUCUAUAUAUAUACGGUAUGUUGUCUGCUGGAACAGAAGACAAAGGAGAAGGUUUAUUUAUAAAGUUUAGAAGAUGGAUUAUGUUCUAUAUUUUGCACUUAUGCACAAAGCAUCUUUAUUUAAUAUGAUUUCAUAUCAUGAUGUUAGGAAUGUAUGGAAAAUACUGGUUUGUAUAAAAACAUUAACCAAUAACAACCCUGUCCUGGAGGGAGAGGAUUAGAUUUAAAUCUGUGCCAUUUUUGCUUCAGCAAUCAAACCACGAACAAUACUGCACCAAAAUGCAUUGAUUAUUUCCAUGUUUUAAUAUACAGAUGACUGUCUAGGCUUCCAGCCGCAAUAGUUCAAGGAUAUCAUGUUUAAAAGAAAACACUUUGUGAGACAGUUUUAGUGUACUGGCCAAUAAACGUUGAGAGCUUAAUGAGUUGAUUAAUUUAUAUUUGGCUGCUUUUUAACUGUCACAGCUCCGGAUCAAAGCAUGCAGGUCCACUUAUCUUCUGCUGUUUUCUGUCCCUCUCUCCUGCCUUACAGUUUGCUAAUGACAACAGCUUCCCCCCCUGAAGUGCUGCUUGUAAAGUAUUGUCAUUCAUGAUCCUUGUAUGACUAACUGGAAACCUUCCUCCUGGCUCCGUCUUGUAUAUAAAUGGAGAUGUUUCUGUGUUGGGUCUCGUCACACAGAUGAUAUUAACUCUCUCUUCCUCUGUAUACCAUGAUGAAUUAGAAUAACUGGCCUGCUGCUUCGUCUAGCGUCACCCCAGAGUUAAGAGUGCUGAGCGGGGAUCAGUUUUGCACAUUUCAGCUCAGUGUGGGUGAGGUGGGGAUCGUGGACAGAGUAGAUGAUCCCAGGUUUGCCACUCUUGCUCUGAGCUGCUUGACAGAAGCAGAAUCGGGUCUCAGCCUGUGAUCAAGUUUUAAUCUCAGUGCUCACGUUUAGCUUUUGAGUGUUCUGGAGUUAUUUCUCAUGUCUGUGGACACGUAACAAAAGUUGUGAAGAAAAAAAAACAAGGCGAAUAAAAAUAAAUGAGUGUUGAAACUUAUGCAACA